AUGACGCCCACAAUUUUAGCAGAAACGGAAAGAUACGUGAAACUUCGCUGGCAAGAUUUACGUGUGGGUGACAUUAUACAUUUAUCAAAUAAUGAAACAGUCCCCGCAGAUAUUUUACUGUUAAAGUCUUCGGAUUUACAAGGAAUUUGUUACAUCGAAACUUGCGAUCUUGAUGGUGAAACAAGCUUAAAACGUCGUCAAGUCAUUAGAGGAUUUUCUGAGAAACAAUCAACAUUCGCACCAAGUAAAUUCAUCAGCAAGUUGGAAAUUGACUCGCCAACAACGAAAAUUUAUCGUUUCCAUGGUGCAGUGAUUCAUCCGUCAGGGGAACGCGUUCCAGUUUCCACCGACAGUUUAUUGUUGAGAGAAAGUCGUAUCAAGAAUACAUCAUACGUUGAAGGUAUUGUCGUUUACGCAGGACAUGAAACAAAGGCUAUGCUUAACAACAGUGGCCCACGCUACAAACGUUCACAACUAGAACAGAAGAUGAAUAUCGACGUCGUUUGGUGUGUAAUUAUUCUUAUAUUGCUCUGCUCUGUUGGUGCUUUCGGCUGUCAAAUGUGGAUGAGAAACUACGUCAACAAAAAUGUUCCUUUCAUUCUUGAUGAUUUUGAUCCAUGGGAAGGUUUCUGGAUGUUUUUCAGACUAGUCAUUAUUCUUCAAAUUUUAAUUCCACUCGCACUUUAUGUCACUAUCGAAUGUUGUAAACUUAUUCAAGUUUUCAACAUUCAUAACAGCAUGGACCUUUACGAUCCACAUUCUGAUAAACGAACUGAAUGUCGUGCAAUGAACAUAACUGAAGAGCUUGGACAAAUUCAAUAUGUGUUCAGUGAUAAAACAGGAACUUUAACAGAGAAUCGAAUGAUUUUCAGACGAUGUACAAUUGCUGGUGUUGAUUACAAUCAUCCACCAAGUGAAGAGGAAAAGAUAAGCUUGCCACAUGCGCCAAUACCACCAGUUGUGCCGAAUACAAAUCUUCAAAUAGAUCUUUCACAAUAUGAUGGUAAUGGACGAUUGUCACAGCAUGCACAACGUUGUCGAGAAUUCUUUAGUGUUCUCGCUUUGUGCAAUACUGUUGUUGUGUCUGAUUCACCACAUCGUGAUAAUAUGAAUGCAAGUGGAGUAAUUGAAGUACAAGAAGAGUCGAGUGUUAAUACACAAAUUCAGCCGUCCGAUCCAUUAAUAAAUGGAAGUGACAGUUACUUGAGAUUAUCAGAAUCUCGUUCUGUUACACCAUCACCACCACCACCACAUAGUUUACCUCUUAAACCUCAGCAUGUUCCUUCACUCUCACCUAUCAGCAGUUCAGCUGAAUCAUCACCAGAAUCUGAUUCACCUCCAAUGAGAAUUAAAGCUGUGACACCAACGGAACGUGUCAAAUCAAUCGUCUCGAAGCUACCAAUGGUGCCACAAAUUCUUGCAACAGGACGUUCAGUUAAGAAAUUUCAUAUCAACACGAAACAAAAGUUCCUACAAGUCGCAAAGAAAACGCGAAAUAAAACUCACAAGCCAAUUUAUGAAGCGGAGUCACCAGAUGAAUUGGCUUUAGUUAACUCAGCUUAUGCUUAUGGUUUCAUUUUAGAGAAUCGAAAUCCUAACACGGUAUUAUUAAAUGAUUCAAAUGGAGGUCCGAUCGAAUACGAUAUUCUUAUGGUAUUGCCAUUCGACUCCAAUCGAAAGUGCAUGUCGAUUGUUGUACGAAAGAUUGGUGGACAUGAAGUUGUUCUGUAUACGAAAGGAGCUGAUAGUACAAUAAUGCCAGCACUUGCACCAAUUACCAUGGAAACAGAAGAAUUUAAAUUGAGAGAAUUAACUGAAAAUCAACUCGAACUUUACGCACGUCAAGGUUUGCGUGUUCUGUUGAUAGCUAAGAGAAUUUUAAAUCCAGUUGAGUUCUCGGAAUGGUAUUCACAACAUCAGGAAUGUGAAAUGUCAAGUGAUCGACGCGAACAGAGAAUAAGAGAAUCAUUUGGAUUGUUGGAAAGGAAUCUGACACUUCUUGGUGCGACUGGUAUUGAAGAUCGUUUGCAAGAAAAUGUUCCGGAAACUAUUGCUUCACUUUUAUCAGCUGGAGUUGUUGUUUGGGUAUUGACAGGUGAUAAGACAGAAACAGCAAUUAACGUUGCUUUCUCAGCAAAACUUUUCAACUCACAAAUGGAGAUCUUAAAGAUUACAGCACGAUCACGUGAUGCUGCUGAAAAUUGUAUAAAAUUUUACCUCGGUGAAAUUGAGAAGCAAUUAGUUGAGUUAGGUGAAGUGAAUCUUAGAAAUCGUGCUUUAGUGAUUGAUGGAAAAACUUUAACAUUUAUUCUUGACCUUAAAUCGAAUCUAACUGCUCCAUUUCUUGAACUGACGAGAUAUUGUUCAAGCGUUUUAUGCUGUCGAUCGACACCACUUCAAAAAGCCUUUCUCGUGAAAGUUGUAAAGGAAGAAUUAAAAAUGUCAACACUUGCAAUUGGUGAUGGUGCAAAUGAUGUCAGUAUGAUUCAAAUGGCUGACGUUGGCGUUGGUAUAUGUGGACAAGAAGGAAUGCAAGCUGUGAUGGCGUCAGAUUUUGCUAUAGCAAAAUUCAAAAUUCUUGAGAAACUUCUUUUGAUUCACGGUCAUCUUAAUUAUGAUCGCUUAGCGAAACUAAUUAUUUAUUUCUUCUACAAAAAUGCUACUUUUGUGUUUGUUCUGUUUUGGUUUCAACUUUAUUGUGGCUUUAGUGGAUCGGUGAUGAUGGAACAAAUGUAUGUGAUGAUUUACAACUUCAUGUUCACAGCUGCACCGCCACUUGCAAUUGGAGCUUACGAGAAACGUCUUCAUGAGAAUUUACUGUCAAAGUCGCCAAGACUUUAUCGUUAUGGGCGACUUGGAAAAGGUUAUCGUAAUCAGUUCUGGUGGGUGAUGUUGGAUUCACUUUGGCAAAGUCUCGUGAUAUUCUUUAUCGCUGUGAAGGCUUAUGAUGGAUUAGAUAUCGGAAUUUGGCAAUUUGGAGCAACAAUUGUGUCAUCAUGUCUUGUCACAAUGUUGUGUCAUUUCGCAUUGGAAGUGAGAACUUGGACAAUAAUUCACGUCGGUGCCAUCGCUGUAAGCUUGGGAACAUUUUAUAUUUUCGCUUUUAUCUACAAUACAAUUUGCACAUCAUGCUUGGGACUUCCGAAUACGGCAAAGACAAUACACGACGCCAUGUCAUGUCUGAUCUACUAUCUCAUCAUUUUCUUAACACCUGUGCUUGCACUUUUGCCUCGUUGCUUUAUAAGAACACUAAAGAAUACUUUAAGACCGAGUGAUGACAUAGUAGUUCAGAUGGAUAUGCGUCGUGAGAAUAAAAGAGGUGAGAAUCUUCUUACAUCAUGGUCCAGUCGAUCGACAUCGAGAUCGUCGAUAUUCAGAAUCAAUCACGAUAAGAACAAAAUUGUAAGCACAAUCAGUUGAGAGCUUAAAUCGAUUUUUUGUCAACGAGAAUGGUAAUGAAAUCAAGGGAAAUUGUUGAUUAUUGCUUAAGAUUGGGGAAAAAUGAAGAAAGGAAAAAAUCUCUCAGGGUGUGGAGCAAAAGAAAGAAGAAAUAAUUAAAAAUUUACGAGACUUACGUUGGAGCCUGAAAAAGUCUUGAGAAUAAAGAUCACUGUUAAAGUAUUUGCCAUAAAAAUUAUUUAUGAUGAAAAGAAAGGAAUCAAAGUCGCACAUCAAAAUGACGACAUUGAUUUUAAAUUAACCAGACUGCUUUUAUAGGUUUCGUCCUCUCCAGCUUUUAGUUUUAAAAAUGCUUAAUACAAAGAGAAUUAGAAUAUUUACAAUGUAAAGUAAAACAAAAAAUUAUCAAGGAACUUUAAGACAGAAACUCUUUGCUUUAUGAAUGAAUAAUUAAAUGAUUAUCUUAAACGCAUCCCUUACAUCAUUUAGUGGCCUUAAAAUAUGUCAAAUCAUAGCCAGAAAUGAUAAAGUAAAAGAAAAUAAACUUCAAUCAAUUGUAAGUGUAUUAAUGAAAGAUGUUAAUUAACUUUUAAGAAUUAGAUUUUUCUGUAAUUGACUGUGAUAAAAAGAAAAAUAUAAUUCGGUGAAACAUGAAAAGUUGACGAUGGAUAAAUAAAUUAUGAAAGAAAGAAUGAAAUCUCGCAGUUUAUAAAAUAUCUAAAAGUUUUCUUCUUUUAAUUUUAUUAAAAUUUUAUUUCUGUUAACUUGUCGAUGACGUAACGUAAACAUAACGUUAACUGAAAACGUAUGAUAUGCUACGUUAUCUUUGAAAUUUUCAAUUAUGAGAAUGUUUUGUACUUGAAUUAACUUGUUGAGAGGGAAAGUUGGGAAAUUAAGUUUGAUAUAUUUAAUCAGAUAUCUAACUUGAUACAACAACAUCAACAUCUGAUUCCCUCUUUUGUUAAUUAUUCUACAUGAAUUACAAAUGUUCCACAUAAUCCGUUUGAUGAACAUUCACAACUAAAGCUGUGACAAAGUUUUCUCCCAGCAUUAAUUUUCUUUCAAAGUUUCUUGCCAAAAAUUAUGCUGUCAAACUGUUACAACAUAAAAUGAUAAAAAGAAAUUUGAGGAAUUCGAAUAAUUUUUUUAAUGAGAUGUCAUGAAAGAUUUAGUCAUAUUUCAGCAGAUUUUUAAUUAACAACUAACUAUCUAAUUAUUUUUAAGUAUUUUCUCUAUUUUAAAUAGUCAAGCCUUUGUAAUAUUUUAGUGAUUAUAGUUGAUUUGAAGCUGCUUAAGAAGUCAAAUAAAUUAUACUAGAAAAUUGUUUUCAUGAAAAA